AUGUCGUCGCGUGGAGAUCGCACACUAUCGGGGCCAUGGAGGCGUUUGAAGCCAGUCACCCAAGACUCCUUGGAGGUCAUUGGACUACCCUCUAAAGGCGAUAAUAAACUCCUGGAUUACAAGACACAAGAAACCUAUUAUACGAGGGUCGUUGAGCGCUACAUGGCUUUCUGCUCAGAUGCAGAACACGGUGUUGAACUUUUGCGAAGGUUGGCAAGUGCAUCACAUGAUAACUCGACUGAAAAAGAAAUCUCAAUUCUACUUUUAGCAAUGCGGAAACUUCGCGAGGGAAUUGUGGCAUCUAAACGGAUUGAUGAUUUUUCCAUUCAGGCUUAUAUCUUUUCAAUCAGGCUGUCUAUUCUUGUAAAACACACCGAGUCGUACCAUCCCGCAAUCUUACAUCUUCUCAGGGUGAUGCAUCCAGUACAACCACUGGCAAGCACUGAGUUGCAAGAGUUUGUCGGAUACCUUAUAUUGGACUUAGCUUGCAGGCAAGCCAAACUAGGACAGGCGUUUUUGGUUCAACACCAGUAUCGCCUGCACGAUACAAAGAUUAAUGCAGUACUCAGCGCCCUCACCCACGACAAUUAUUAUGUCUUUUGGAGAGUCAAGCAAACUGUAGAUGGACACAAAGCAAAAAUUAUGGAAUUUGCUGAAUAUGCCAUGCGGAGGCAGACUCUCAAAUGCCUUGGACGAAGCUACCUGAGUAUUGACCUUCCUUUUCUGGAAGAGUCUACAAAUUCAACAUGGUCCCAACUAACUGAGAAUUGUGGCGUCGGAUGGCGGCUAGAAGGUAACAAGGUUAUCAUUCGAAAACAUAAAGUUCAUCCAAGUAGCAGUACACAGGCAUAG